AUGUCGGAUCUUCCUCUUCCAACUCGACUUUUCACCGGCUCGGCUGUCCUUCAGUAUCGUUUCGAUCGCAUCGCAGCCGUCCAUGCACCUCAAGAUCCUUCCGCAAAGUCCAACAAUCUGUCAUCCCCGCAUCGGUCUCGUUUCUCUGGCUACGGCCUGCCAUGGACCAGCGCGUCAAAUUCUGAAGCGCCCUGGCUCCAACGCGACAUCUCGAAUCUCGUACGAUCAAGCGCAUCGCAACGCAAACUAGCAAGCUCCAAUUUCUCGAUCUCAGCGUUCGGUACGCCACUUUCUGGCGGUUCACGACGCAGGCAUAUCGCUCAAUCGCACAACCAAGCUCUCCGUUCACGGCAAGCAUCCUGGUCUUCACAUCACAAUCUCAGGCUGCCACCUGUCUACGGCCUGAAGUCAAUCAGCCUCAGCUUCAACGGCUUCUCGUGGCUGCUUCGCCACGACCCACCUUCCACCAAAGGCGUGUUCAGUCGCGGAAUCUCCCCUUUCCUUCUCCCCCUUUCUUCCUCACCAUCACCUCCGGUCAAUGUCGGCUCCCUUCCUAUUCUGCUUAUCCUUACUCUGCUUAGGCUUAUCUUUCUCUUCCACGCGCUAGAUCUCUCGUCUGGACCCACGUGUGCUCACCUCUGGCCCACUCAGCGAUGCUCCACUCGCGCUGCUAUCUCUUUCAGCAGCUUAACCGGUUCUGGUGAUCCCGGUAUCGACAACAGAGCUUGUAUCGCCAAGAUGCCACGCAAAUCGACGGGUGGAGUGUCUUCGGCCUCUGCGCCAGGUACGCCCGUUGGCAAGACCGCUGGCAAGAAUGGAGAUGGAGAAGCAUCCGGGGGCUUGAUCGUUCCUGCUGAAACGAAAGCGGUUUUGCGGCAGCAAGAAGUGGCGCUCAAGACGCUCACGCACGGCUUCGACUCGUACGAACUCCCGCGUAGCAACGUGAUCAAGACAGCGAAAGCCGACAUCCCCGACAGCGUUCAGCUGCGCAAAGAAGUUCAACAAGCCCUAGUCAAGUCGGCAAGCGUAUUCAUCAGCUACCUCACGGCCACGGCACAGGAGACCGCACAGGGCAAGGGGGCAAAGAUCAUCAGUGCCCAACACGUGCUAGAUGCAGUGGGACAGCUCGAACUCGGCGACGAGGCCCAGAAGGAGAUGAAGGCACAACUGAGGGCGUAUAGGGAAAACGCGCAGCAGAAAAAGCUCAAGGCAAAACAGACGCCUGCAGAAGACGAGAAUGACGCCGACGUUUCAAGAGUCGACAAUGCCGAAGAGGACGUCUCUAUGCAGGUGGAAGAGGAAGAUGCAGAGAGGGAUCAACUCAUGGAAGACUAA